UCGUCCAUAUAGCAGGCACAACCUUCAUUGAUCUUUCCAACCUCAACACUCAGCAAGCCACCAACAUUAUUCAGAAUGUCCGCCACAAAACUGUUGGGGGGUGCUUUUGCGAGUUAUUUUGGCGCAGAGGCGGUUCCUCACCUCGGAAGCACAAUCGAAGCAGUUACGGGGCUUGAAAUCCACGUCGCCAAAGAGUUCUUUGCUAGCGUCAACUUUAAAUGCCCCUCUGUUCACUACAAGGCCUAUGGCUACAUGUACUUGUUCAUUCCCGCCGCAGUCUUGUUUUGUCUUGCUUUGUGGGCGAGAAAGUCGAGUUUUCUAAACAUUCUCCUGCCUGUUUCGUGGCUGAUGUACGCUUUUAUUGACACAACGUAUUACGUGUGCGCAACGUUGGGGCCUAAAGAUAUAGCAAUGGCUAAGGCAAACACAACAGAGGCUAAGGAAGCGGUCUUACAAGACUUUGCGGACGCGGAAGCCAUGUCGCAAAUGGUUGCUUUCAUACUGCUUCUAUCGUAUAUCGUAUGCGCUACAAUUGCUAUCAGCGUAAUAAGGCUCUGCAAGAAAGCACAAGAUCCCAAGGAAUUGGACGAAAAUAACCUUGACGAUGCCAAGGAAGAAGAUCUCAAUGAGAAAAAGCAACUGGCCGCGGCGUGGAGUGGCGACGUGAUAGGUGAGAGGAAAGAAGAAACAAACGCAGAGAUCAAAACCCAAAUGUGACUCGAGGGUCUCUGUCAGCCGCUAUUUUGUAAAAUACCAAGUGUGAGAAAGCAUCCAUUCCCACCGGCGGAUUGGGGGAGGCCUUUUCGAAUUUUUUUUAUGGAAUUUGGUGUGUUGAAAACAUCGUUGCAUCAUAGCUAACGAAUACAUACCAAGAUCCCCGUCUUUUUUCCAAAUGCCGUAGCAGACCUUGAAAUGUUAGGAGGGGGGGCACGAUACAGAAACAUAAAGAAAAUAUCGGGAACACAGCCACACCCUACUGGUCACUUUCUUAUAUUUUUUGAUAAUAUUAUGGUGCGUGCCCCACCCCCUGUACGGCCUUGUUUUCGCUUACUAUCUUUUAAUCCUGUGAUAUACAUCCAUGAUGCGGUAAUGCGAGUCACGACGCAGUGCAAGUAUUUAAAAAAGGUGUAUACUUUAAGAACAAUUGAGACACUGUAAUACUAGAACAAGA